GUGCGACGGUCACCUCAGUUUGGGUGAGUCCCUGGGUUCGAGCCCGGGCCCCGCCAGCUGCCAAGCUGCCUCUCGGUGCCGGGCUGUGACUCCCUCUGGCCGGCCCCGCAUUCUGGCCUCCCGGGGCGUCAUCUGGAGGGGUAGAGCCAGGCUGGGGACUCCUUUUGGGAGAGUUUCCGUUCUUCUAUUCCGUACUGUCCGGCCAGGACCCCUCAGGGACUUUUGUGGGGCAGGGGUGAAUCACAUAUGGCCUAGAUGACCCCAUGCCUAGAAAAAGGCGGUGGGGUGCGGUGGCGGCGCGCACGGCCGAAUGGAGCAGAUAGCGUCCCCGGGGCUGGAGCCCGGUAGCAGGGGGAAGAUGGAAGAGUUGAGUCAAGCCCUGGCUAGUAGCUUUUCUGUGUCUCAAGAUCUGAACAGCACAGCUGCCCCACACCCCCGCCUAUCCCAGUACAAGUCCAAGUACAGUUCCUUGGAGCAGAGUGAGCGCCGCCGGCGGUUACUGGAACUGCAGAAAUCCAAGCGGCUGGAUUAUGUGAAUCAUGCCAGAAGACUGGCUGAAGAUGACUGGACAGGGAUGGAGAGUGAGGAAGAAGAUAAGAAAGAUGAUGAAGAAAUGGACAUUGACACUGUCAAGAAGUUACCAAAACGCUAUGCUAAUCAAUUGAUGCUUUCUGAGUGGUUAAUUGACGUUCCUUCAGAUUUGGGGCGGGAAUGGAUUGUGGUCGUGUGCCCUGUUGGAAAAAGAGCCCUUAUCGUGGCCUCCAGGGGUUCUACCAGUGCUUACACCAAGAGUGGUUACUGUGUCAACAGGUUUUCUUCCCUUCUGCCAGGAGGCAAUAGGCGAAACUCAACAGCAAAAGACUACACCAUUCUAGAUUGCAUUUACAGUGAGGUAAACCAGACCUACUACGUUCUGGAUGUGAUGUGCUGGCGGGGACACCCUUUUUAUGAUUGCCAGACUGAUUUCCGAUUCUACUGGAUGCAUUCAAAGUUACCAGAAGAAGAAGGACUAGGAGAGAAAACCAAGCUCAAUCCUUUUAAAUUUGUGGGGCUAAAGAAUUUCCCUUGCACUCCCGAAAGCCUGUGUGAUGUGCUGUCUAUGGAUUUCCCUUUUGAGGUAGAUGGACUUCUCUUCUACCAUAAGCAGACCCACUACAGCCCCGGAAGCACUCCCUUGGUGGGCUGGCUGCGUCCCUACAUGGUGUCAGAUGUCCUUGGUGUAGCUGUGCCAGCUGGCCCGCUGACCACCAAGCCAGACUAUGCUGGGCACCAGCUCCAGCAGAUUAUGGAGCACAAAAAGAGCCAGAAGGAAGGCAUGAAGGAGAAACUCACACGCACGGCCUCUGAAAAUGGGCACUAUGAGUUGGAGCACCUGUCUACUCCCAAGUUGAAGAGUUCUCCCCAUAGCCCAGACCACCCUGGAAGCCUCAUGGAGAAUUAAAGAGGGAAGCCUCCUUAACGAGCCACAGGAUGGUACCCGGCCCCAAAAGGAAUCCUGGGGAGGAGGACAGUGACAACAGGUGACUUCAUUCUUUAGAGUGAACUUUCCAAAGCCAGUCUGGCUGGAAACAGCUUAUCUAUAAUCUGAAAUGCUGGCUCAAACAGUUAUGGGGAGGUUCCCAGAUUGGGUAGCAUUCAGAUUGAUUUGAGCAGCUCCUACUGUGAUAAGUGUAUCCCAGAUCCACAAUGUAAAUAUAUGUGAUUUGUAAGAAAGAA